AUGGAGGAACUGAAGAAGAAAAUCGAGGCUUUGGAGCAAGAGAAAACUGACUUGCUCCAGAAAUUCCAAACCACCCAGGAAGAUCUGAAGGCUGUUUCCAAGGAAAAAGAUUCCCUGAAAAUCUUGGUUGAGGACCUUCAGGCUGAGAGAAACAAUCUGAAUAGUACCAUGCAUGGUCUUUACAAGACCAUCGAGAAAACGGUUGCUGCAAACCUGGAACUGCAGGAUUACGUGAGAGCCACUGCUAAGUCAUCCAAAGGUUGCUGUGAAAUCUUAAAGGAAGCCCAGGAGGCGCUCUUGGCUAAGGGACCUCAAACUCCAGAGGGUCAGGAAAUGAUGGCUUCACCAACAGCUUCCCUGGGUGAAAAGGUGAAGACGGUGACAACAGAACAAGCCCGCCAAAUAACUGAGAAGGAAGAGGGGCUGGUCAUUGAAAACAAGAGACUAAUGACAAAUCUUGAAGAAGUAAUGCUGGAAAACUCCUACCACAGGAGAAGGGUGAUGGACUUCUGGGAAACCAUCUUCAGCCUGAGGGUGGAGAAUGACCAUCUUCGCCAGUUGUUGAUUACAUUGACCGAGAAGAUGGUGUUAAGUAAACUGCCCGUAAUGGAGAAGAAAAGGGACAAUAUCGCCCUCCUGGCUCUCAACUUGAAGGGGGAUCUGGAGACCAUGAAAUCCGUGGCCGCUGAAGGACUUUCUGGUCUCCCUCAUGCUCAGACGGCCAACGUACUCAAACUUCAAGGGUAUUUUGAGCAGGCGACUGAAGAACUUUACACCGUGCUAACCAAUAUUGAGUACUACUUCGCCGAAUGGUACCGGGAGUGUAAAGAAUACUACGUCAGCAUCUCCAAGUUCACCACCAAUCUGUUGGACGAGAACUUGAAGCAAUUCAAGCUGCUGAUUGAGAUUCAGAAUCUGAAGAAAUCCGAAUGCUGCAGGGCCGAAUUCAACCAGCUGGACAUCCCAGCCCUGAGGCAGAGGUUGGACAUCUUCCUGGAGAAUAUUUCCCAAGAUCUUUGCGCUCUGGAAGAACAGCUCCUGGGAAUAGAAUCCAAGGCCCAGCAACUGGAAAAUAAUAAAGAAGGGAAGAAAUACGUGGAAAAUUGCUCUGCUUUAUUCUCCAUCCAAGAGUUUGAAAAGGGACUUAGAAAUGACAUCAAAAAGCUUCGUAACAUUCUAGAACACCUGAAGCCAAAAUUGAAGUGUCUUGACAAUGCCAGGCAGGAGGUGGCAGCCAAACACGCCUGCUACGUCAAGGAAGCAGAGGCGGCCGUGAAAUCCUGCAAGGGGCGAUCGGAACAAUGGCAGAAGGACCUAAAGGCAGUCAAAGAAGAGAUGGACACUACGGGCCACCAGGAGCUGGAGGAAGACCAGAAACUUGGAGAAAACUUAAGCUUAAUAGAAAAACAGAUGACGGACCAUCUGGAUAAAGCAGCCAAGAUUGAGAGGGAAGAACUCGAAGGCCUCAUAUCGCAUCUUGCAAAAACCAGCCUGUCAGAACAGGAGGCAAAAAAAUGAAAAAGAAAAAAGAAGUUAUGGAAGAUAAUGAAGGUGAACCUAUUCCACAAAGAGCUGACUUAGCCUAUUAUGUAUUUUUCGACAAAUGAUGGUUAUGUAUUGCAUAUAUAAGCUAUAAGCCGGUUAGAAUAAAGGCAUUCUUCUUUUUUUGGCAUUUAAUUGGGCUGGCUGAUCUUUCCUCUAUAGUAGAUUUGAUGGGGGGAGCAAAAACAACAUUGUGAGUGCAGGGAAGAGCAACCAAGAUGAUUAGGGGACUGGAGACUAAAACAUAUGUAGAACGGUUACAG